GUCCGGCGAAGACAUUUGUUUACAUUAGCUGUUGUCAAAUUCAGUGGUUGAGAAAAAAAGUUUCGUUGAAACUGAAUAAAUCAGCUAGUCUGAUGCAGAUAGAGUCUUUUCGUCGUUUUCCAUACUCUUUUCCGAAACUGCAGUCCAAUAUUCAGCUUGGCAUACACCGGCAUUUAGCAUUGUCAAGAUGCCUGUCACAACAUCCAAAGGAGACUUUGGCCCAAGAGAGAUAGAAUUGUCAAAUCAUGUGAAGAUGCCCAUACUUGGUUUGGGCACAUCUCACAGUGGUGGCUAUUCUCAAGAAGCAGUUGUGUAUGCUUUAAAACACUGCAACUAUAAAUUGAUUGAUACUGCCAAACGCUAUGGUUGUGAAGAAUUUUUGCAGUCUGCCAUACAUCUUAGUGGUGUAUCCAGAAAAGAUUUAUUCUUGACCUCUAAACUUUGGUGCACAGAUUAUGGAAAAUCCUCUACACAAAAAGCAUUUCAUGGUUCUCUCAGAAGACUUGGUGUUGAUUACUUAGAUCUUUUUAUGCUUCAUUGGCCUUAUUGUAAUUCAUCAUGCCCAGACAAAGAGAAAACUUUAGAAGAAACAUGGCGAGAACUGGAACUACUGUAUGACAAAGGAUUAUGCCGGUCAAUUGGUGUUAGUAACUAUGGUAUUGAAGAUUUAGAGAAACUGAUAAGUAAUGCUUCUGUAAUUCCACAUGUAAACCAAGUUGAAUUUCACCCAUUUCAGAAUCCCAUGGAGCUGAGAGAAUACUGCAAAGACAAUAAAAUACAAAUUGAGGGGUACUGCCCACUAGGAAAAGGAAAACUUUUAGGAGAGAAAGCAGUUAUUCUUGUUGCAAAGCGUUGUGCAAGGACACCAGCACAAACUUUAAUAAGAUGGUCGAUACAGAAUGGAGUUGUUACUAUUCCAAAAUCAACUCAUAUGGAAAGAGUCAAAGAAAAUUCUGAAGUAUUUGAUUUCCAGUUACUUGAUGAAGACAUGAAUAUGCUCAAUGACUUGCAUGAUGGCCGUAGGAUAGUUGAUGUUGCAAACAUACAAGAAAAAAUUGACAGUUGCUUACCAGAUGGUUAUAAGCUGAGACUUGCUGGUUGUGAACUUGAUAAAUUAAAUUAUAAAUUCUGUUAAGAAAGGGCUUUCUUUUAGUAUACCUUAUGAUUUAAUUUUGAUAUUUUAACGCAAAGAUGUUUUCUUUGGAAAAAUACUCUUACAAUCUGAAUUCUGUUAAAAAAGGGCUUUCUUUUUGUAUAUAUUAUAAUUUUAUUUUGAUAUUUUCACCCAAAGAUGUUUUAUUUGUAAAAAUACUCUUACAAUCUGAACUGUUCAGUACUAAAAACUUUUUUUAAAAAUUAACAAAAAUUGUUACAUUUCGAAUUGUGUUUGAAGUUAUUAAAAGAGCUUUUAACUGAAUUGUGUCUAUGCUUGUGAUAUGAAAUUUUACGAAAUGUUAUGUAAAUUGCAUGUGCUUUGUUUGUUAAAGUUUCUUCAAUUCAGAAGAAAAACUACACUAUUUUUAUUUGGACAUAGCUCUGAUGUUAUUCAAUAAAAAAGUAUUAGU